AUGUCAGUCGAAGCAAAAACAUUCACGAACAAAUCUAAUGGCGAAACAUUCACAAAAGGCACUUAUAAUGGUAUUGAAGUCUUACGUAGAGACAAGGAUGGUUACAUUAAUGCAACAAAGAUGGCAAGAGAAGCGGGAAGGUUAAACCAUUUAAACAGAUUUCUCAAUAGUACUAAAAUGCAGGAAAUUCUUGAGUUUUGGAUGAACGAAUACGGUGGAGCCAAAAGUGGCUCGACCUCAAAACAAGCAUUUUAUGAGCUUACAAAGGGUGUCAUGAAUGAAUUCAAAGGUAUUUACAUACAUCCUGACCUCGUUCAUUUUGUUGCUGAAUGGUGCUCUGUAAAGUAUGCAUUUUAUGUCAAAGAUAUUAUGGACUCCAUAGACAAGAAAGUUCAUGAGAAAUUAGAUGAAGAAGAACUUGAAGAUACAGUAGAGAAUGCUAAACCUUUGUUUGAAGAAGAAGUUAGAAAAAUGUGCGAAAAACAAUUAGAACAUGAACGUGAGUUAUGUUAUG